GUGAUUCGGAAACUACAAAGAGGACCUUCGAAAUUUGCAUCGUUGACGAGGCGGAAUAAUGAAUCGAUGACUAUUUGCUGCUGAUACGGCCACAUCUGCCAGCUGUCUUGGGUCCCCUGCGACCGCUCGCCCCCUCUCGCUCGCUCACUCGUCCCGUUAUCCUGUGGAGCCCCGAGCGGCGAGCAACAACAACAACACAAACCCAGACUCCAACCGGAAGGCCUGCGCAGGAGAGAGACAGAGAGAGUGAGAGAGAGAGAGAGACACUGCGCGAGAGGACUCUCCGCCGGCUGGGGAAGAGGAAGAGAAGAAGGAAAGGAGAGAGCGCAAGGACGAGAGGCGGAAGUGGUGACAUCUGUUUUGCCGCUUUGUCAGCGGAUGCUGCUCCUGCCGCUCCUGCCGAACACGAACGAACGCGCACGAGCACGAACGAACAGGGAGCACAACGUGAACAAGUGUGGAAAUUGGAAUUUUUAUUCAAAACAAUGCCCCUGCUGCAACAGUACGACACCCCUGAUUGCUCUGGUUCUGGUGGCAACAUGCGAGCCCUGAGCGGAGGCUCCACCUCGGAGCUGUUGCAGAAACACUCGAUCAGCUCCUACCUGGAUCACCAUCAGCAGCAGCAACAGCAGCAUCAGCUGCAACUGCAACACCACCAACAGCAGCAACUGCAACACAAUCUGCUGGACAGAUGCAACGACGAUGGAUUGAUAUCCUUCAUUAACGAUCCAAUCACACUGAACGGCAGCAGUUCCAAUGGAGUGGUCGGUAUUGGCCAGAGCCCCUCAACUUUGGUAGGAGGAGGAGGAAGUGGAAGCGGAGGAGCACCAGGAGUUGCAGCAAGCGGUGCUGCAACAACGGGAGUGGGAGGAGCCGGAUCUGGAGGAGCCUUACCACCUGGGCCAGGAGUCGGAUCGGGCCAGGGAGGAGGAGUCGUGGGACCAACUACCGCCACGGGCAACCCAUCCGCCAGCUUCGGUGGCAACGGCAGCGGCAGCGACGUCAAUAAUCUGCUGCUCGCCAGUGCGGCCGCAGCCGCUGCUGCUGCUGCUGCCGCCGGUGAUGGCGUCCAACUGUCCGCCAAUGCGGCGGUCUACGCUCCACUGACGCCCAGCUCGACCCAGUCGUCGGCCUCGCCGGGCACCAAGUCCAGUUUUGACUACUUCCAGUUUGAAAAUGUUGCACAAAGUAACCCACUUAAGGCUUUCCAAAGAACAAACAUCAGCUUCGAUUGCUCUGCACCCUUAUCGCCAAGUACGCCUACAUCUAUUUACAAUCGCUCCUUUCACAGUUCAGCUUUAGUCAGCGAUAGCAGUAACUCCUCAAGCGGCAACGGCCUCUCCAUGGACUCGAUCAACAUGCUCUACCACCAGCAGCAGCAACAACUGCAGCCCCAGCAGCAGGGAUACUCUAACCUAGAGUCCUCCAUGGGCAGCGGAUUGGGUCUCAGCCUAGCAAACGCUUCCACGCGCUCAAACUCACCAGAGAGCCAGAACAGCGGCCAGUCGAUGAACGAGCCAAACCUACUGGACAUGAUUAAUCUGCUGUCUGUGAAUAGCAACAAACUAGCCUCCAUGCAGCAGCAGCAGCAGCAACAUCACCACCAACAACAGCAACAGCAUCAGCAGCAACAGCAGCAGCAGCAACAUCAGCUGCAGCAGCAGUACGCCCACCUGAACAGGAACUACGAGCAGCAGAUGGCCGCCAAUGGAGGUGGCCAACAGCACGGUUUCGAACACAACGGCGUGGGAGUGGCCAGCGGAAGCAACGACAACUGCCUCAGCCAGUACACCCUGGAAAACCUCGCCAGCGUGGACAUGGAGCUGGCCAAACUGCAAAAUCUGCAGCGCAUCAAUACGUUAAAGCUACUGCAGGCCCAAACGCAGCAGAUGCCUCUGAUCAAUCAGUUGUUGCAGAGUUAUGCCGGGAGCACGAUGAGCAGUGUCCCGGGAACCAAUCUCGGUAGCUUGAUGAGUACGGCCGGAGCGUCCAUCGUGUCGGAUAUGACGGGAAACGGUGGUGGCAAUGGCUCCACCAACGAUGGCCACCUGGAUCGCGUGGCAAAGUUCCAUAGGAGCUCAGCAGCCCUGUGCGAUGCCACCUGCACCUGGAGCGGUCAGCUGCCGCCACGUUCGCACCGUAUGCUCAACUAUUCUCCCAAGGUCUUCCUCGGCGGCAUUCCGUGGGACAUUAGUGAGCAGUCGCUCAUCCAGAUCUUCAAGCCGUUUGGAUCCAUCAAAGUGGAGUGGCCCGGCAAGGAGCAGCAGGCUGCGCAGCCCAAGGGCUAUGUUUACAUCAUCUUUGAAUCGGACAAGCAGGUUAAGGCCUUACUCUCGGCCUGUGUGGUUCAGGUGGAUGACUCGCAAAGUGGCAGUAACUACUUCUUCAAAAUCUCUUCACGUCGCAUCAAGUCCAAGGAUGUUGAGGUCAUUCCCUGGAUAAUUGCCUCCUUUUGUAGGUUGUCAACGCUCAGGCUUGCCACUAAGUUGUCCCCUUCGGCGGUUGUU